CUCGAAAAACUUGGGGACUACUGGUGAAAUUUUGAAGAGGAGGAAAGAGAGAAGAGAAAUGGAGUGGAGAAAUUUUUAUUUAGAUCUAAUUUUGGUGCCUUCGGCUAUUCUUUCUUCCCUCUUUUACCACGUAUGGCUCUGGUACACCGUAAAGAGGCGGCCGGAUCGGACCUACAUUGCGAUGAAUGCCGCCGGCCAGAGCGCGUGGAUCAACCACAUCCUAACGGACAAUGACAAGAAAAACGUCUUAGCAAUCCAAACUCUCCGGAACAACAUAAUGGGCGCCACCCUCACGGCCACCACCUCUGUCCUCAUAUGUUGCGGCCUCCUCGCCUUCGCCAGCAAAGACUAUGACGCCGACAAGCCAGACAAGCUCAAGAUCGAAUCCAAAUGCUCCUUUCUUCUCCUAGCAUUUCUCUCAGUGUUCCUAUGCCAAACUCUCUCCAUUGCUUGCUUGACUCAGGUGAACAUCCUCAUCAACAUCUUGGCAGGCGACACAACUCCGGUCAGGAGGUAUCGGGUGACCGAGUUGCUAGGGAAAGGGAUCUUCCUCUGCAAUGUGGGGAACAGAGUGUUCUUUAGUACAUUGCCCCUCGUGCUUUGGAUAUUUGGUCCUGUUCUAGUGUUCGUGUGCUCGGUUGGGGUGGUGGUUGUUUUGUAUAGCGUUGAUGUUGUUGGUGACGAGAAGGGUGCGGUUGGAGCGGAGGGUGGUGGAAUGGUUCAACCCUAAAAUUAGAGGGGUUACGCCAUUUUUUAAGUAGGUAAUACUGCAAAUAUUAGUUUUUUUUUUUUUUCCUUUUUACUCGUGUUGCAGUGUUGUUAUUCUUGAUUGGGGAAACGAAUAACCGUAUAUACCUUUAUCCAAUA